AUGGUCAAGCUCUCGCCUCAGCUCAAAAUAUGUUACGGGAACAUGGGUACGGUCAAAUUCACCGGUUCAUCAUCGAAACUUACGGAAGUGAUCGCCCUGUUGGCCACCGUCACCGACCGCCAUAAGUUGGUUGAUUUCCUCAAGGAGUUCUACAAACUUGCCCAGGCACACCUGGCGGAAAAGUUCGCCAUUUACAAGACGAUUAUCGAUAGCAUCAACGCUUUUGUCGUCAAGCUUGCGGUGUUUGACUUCCAAAUGGCAAAAAACCUCCAAAAGAAGAUUGUCGAGUGCAACAACGCAUGGGCAGCUGAAGACGAUCGCCUCACUGAAGAGGUUCAUCGGAAUAUACAGCACGAGACGGUGGCACUCACGUUGGAGUUUCUCAAGCUGGAGGCGUACGAGAAAGCGCAGGCCAAUCGCAAGAGAACUUUCACCAAGUUUCGGGAGAUCCUCGAGCGUGAGUCAGAUGAUCGCUUGACCAAGCUCCGCCGAAAGCUUGACCGCUUGAUUGAGCGGCUGUUGCAAGACUGGACGUGGAAAGAAGAGACAUUUAAGAUCGACGCCACCCAGUUGGCGGCGACGAAACUUGAAGACUCCUGCGUUGGGUCGGUGGUGUUCCCGCCUCAACACAUUGUCUUCUACUGUGAAACCCGCCGAGGUCCUCACCGGUGUAUUGUGAAAUACUGA